AUGGAUGUCAACCAGGUCCUCACGGGCACCAUCUCGCCUGACGCUGCCGUACGAUCCGCCGCUGAGCAGCAGCUCUCACAGGCUGCUGAAGCAGACUUCCCCGGUUACCUCAUUACCCUCUCACGUGAGCUCGCCAAUGACCAGGCCGACUCCUCAGUGCGCAUGGCCGCCGGCCUGGCACUCAAGAACUCCUUCUCCGCACGCGACUUUGCCCGUCUCCGCGAAGUGCAGCGGCGAUGGCUCGAACAGAUAGAUCCGCAGGUCAAGCAGGAGGUGAAGGCUCUGUCCUUGCAAACGCUGGGAUCAGCCGACUCGAGAUCAGGACAGUCCGCAGCACAAUUCAUCUCCUCUAUCGCCGCUAUCGAACUCCCACGAGAGCAAUGGCCCGAGCUCAUGCCCACGUUGGUGGAGAACGUGGGCUCAGGCAGCGAUUCCAAGAAGCAAGCAUCUCUCACCACAAUUGGGUUCAUCUGCGAAGCCGACGACACAGACUUGCGCGACAGUCUUGCACAGCACAGCAACGCCAUCCUCACAGCUGUCGUUCAGGGCGCGAGAAAAGAGGAGGCCAACAGCGACAUUCGAAAUGCCGCCAUCACGGCGCUCGGCGACUCGCUCGAGUUUGUUAGGGUCAACUUCGAGAACGAGGGCGAGAGGAACUACAUCAUGCAGGUGAUCUGUGAGGCAACUCAGGCAGAGGACAUGCGCAUCCAGCAGGGCGCUUACGGGUGCUUGAACCGCAUCAUGGGUCUUUACUACGAGAAGAUGAGGUUCUACAUGGAGAAGGCACUCUUUGGCUUGACCAUUCAGGGCAUGAAGAACGACGAAGAGGACGUUGCCAAGCUGGCUGUUGAGUUUUGGUGCACUGUUUGCGAGGAAGAGAUCAGCAUUGAGGACGACAACGCACAGGCCCAGGCCGAGGGCAGCGCCGAAAUGCGACCUUACUUCAACUUCGCUCGCGUUGCCACACAGGAGGUCGUUCCAGUCCUCCUCGAGCUCUUGGCAAAGCAGGACGAAGAUGCAGGAGACGAUGAAUACAACCUCUCGCGUGCCGCAUACCAGUGCGUGCAGCUGUGGGCACAAGCGGUCGGCAGCCAGAUCGUCCCACCAGUCCUCAGCUUCGUUGAGGGCAACCUUCGCAGCGACGACUGGCACUACCGAGACGCCGCUGUAUCCGCGUUUGGCGCGAUCAUGGAGGGUCCAGACGAGAAGGUGCUUGAUCCUCUCGUCAAGCAGGCUCUCCCUGUCCUGAUCAGCAUGAUGAACGACCAGUCGAUCCAGGUCAGAGAUUCUGCUGCCUUUGCUCUUGGACGCAUCUGCGAGGCUGUUUCGGAUUCCAUCGACCCGCAAGAACACCUGCAGCCUCUGAUCUCGGCACUCUUCCAAGGACUUGCCUCGCACCCAAAGAUGGCAAGCUCUUGCUGCUGGGCUCUCAUGAACCUGGCAGACAGGUUUGCAGGCGAGCCAGGCUGCCAUACUAACGCUCUCUCGCAACACUUCCAAGCCAGCGCGCAACACCUGCUCCAGCUUACCGAGUCAACCACUGACAACAUGCUUCGCACUGCUGCCUAUGAAGUCCUCAACGCCUUCGUCACGAACGCAGCCCACGACUCUGUUCAGAUGGUCGCCAGUCUUAGCGACGUCAUUAUCGAGCGUCUCGAGAAGACCCUCCCAAUGGUCUCCCAGGUCGUCUCGGUGGAGGACCGUCUUACGCUCGACGAGAUGCAGACGUCCCUGACGUCGGUCGUCAUGGCGAUCAUCGGGCGUCUUGAGGCAGAGAUCGCACCGCAAGCCGACCGCAUUAUGCAGUUGUUGCUCAAUCUCCUCGGGAACCUACCACCCAAGUCCAGUGUUCCAGACACCGUCUUUGCAACCAUCGGCUCGCUUGCCAACGCGCUCGAAGGCGACUUCGAGAAGUACAUGUCUUCAUUCGAGCCAUUCCUGCUCAAUGCGCUCAACAACCAGGAGGAGCCACAGCUGUGCUCUGUCGCGAUCGGCUUGGUGACUGACAUUGCUCGUGCACUCGAGCAGAAGGUUCAGCCACACUGCGAUGCCUUCAUGAACAGUCUCCUCAACAACUUGAGGAGUCCAACGUUGGGCAACCAAUUCAAGCCUGCUAUUCUGCAGUCGUUCGGCGACAUUGCCCAGUCGAUCGGCGGAGCCUUUGAGUCCUACCUUUCUGUCGUUGCUCAAGUGCUCCAGCAAGCCGCCGGAAUUAGCACACAAGAGAACUCGUCCAACUUCGAGAUGCUCGAUUACAUUGUUUCUCUGCGCGAGGGCAUUAUGGAUGCAUGGAGCGGCAUCGUGAUGGCUCUGAGGAGCUCUGGAAAGCAACAAUUACUCCAGCCUUACGUCGAGUCCAUCUUCCAGCUGUUGCACAGCGUCUAUCAGGACCCCAACCGCACAGAGGCGCUUCUUCGAUCUAGCAUGGGUGUCGUUGGUGAUCUCUCCGAGGCAUUCCCCAACGGCGAGUUCAGCAACCUCUUCCGCCAGGAUUGGCUGACCUCAAUGGCGCGCGAGACCCGUGCGAACAAGGAGUUCCAGCCACGCACCCAAGAGACUGCACGCUGGGCGCGCGAGCAGAUUAAGCGGCAAUCUGCUCUGUCCGGAAACGUGCAGAUGUCUUGA